AUGAGCUUCGAAAACGAUGACAAGCGCGCUCGCACCCGGUCCAAGGCCCUGCGAGGACCCCCGGAGGCUGCAGCCGCAGACCUCAGCUGCCCCACGCCGGGAUGCACAGGCUCGGGACACGUCCGGGGCAAGUACUCCAGGCACCGAAGUUUGCAGAGCUGCCCUCUGGCCAAGAAGAGGAAGCUGGAGGGAGCCGAGGCCGAGCACCUGGUGUCCAAGAGGAAGUCGCAGCCCCUGAAGCUGGCUCUGGACGAGGGCUUUGGUGUGGACAGCGACGGCAGCGGGGACACGGAGGUGAAGGACGCCUCUGUUUCAGAUGAAUCGGAAGGAACUCUGGAGGGCGCCGAGGCCGAGAUGUCUGGACAGGAGGAGAUUCAUCGUCCCGAGCCAGCUGAAGGAAGGAGCCCCCUCAAGUCCCAUUUUGGACCCAGCCCCAUCACCAGCCCCACUGGCUCCUCCAAGGGCAGCUACGGCAGCUACAAGGGAAUCAUUGCAACUUCUCUGCUCAACUUGGGCCGAAUUGCUGAGGAGACCCUGGUGGGGGAGGACCUGGGCCAAGUGGCCAAGCCGGGCCCCAGCAUUGUGCACCUGCUCCAGGAGGAGGCUGUGGAGGGAGCCACCAGUGACGAGGGGGAAAAGGACCUCUUCAUCCAGCCGGAGGAUGCGGAGGAGGUCGUUGAAGUCACCAGCGAGCGUUCCCAGGAGCUGUGUCCCCAGUCCCUGGAGGAUGUGGCCAGUGAGGAGUCCAGCAAGCAGAAAGGCAUCCUGGGUCACGAGGAGGAGGAGGAGGAGGAGGACGAGGAGGACGAGGAAGAGGAGGAGGAGGACGAGGAGGAGGAGGAGGAGGAGGAUGAAGAAGAAGCAGAGGAAGAGGAGGAGGAAGGGGAGGAGGGCGAGGAGGGGGCGGCUCCCGAUGUGAUCUUCGAGGAAGAUGCCUCCCACGCCUCUGCCCAGAAGGCCCCCGAGCUCCGGCGCCCAGAGCCGCUCAGUCCCAAGCCUGAGUACUCUGUCAUCGUGGAGGUCCGCUCGGACGACGACAAGGACGAGGACACAGGCUCCCAGAAAUCGGUGGUCACGGACGAGUCGGAGAUGCACGACAUGAUGACCCGGGGGAACCUGGGCCUCCUGGAGCAGGCCAUCGCCCUGAAGGCCGAGCAGGUGCGCGCCGUGUGCGAGCCAGGCUGCCCCCCUGCCGAGCAGAGCCCGCUGGGCCUGGGCGAGCCAGGGAAGGCGGCGAAGCCCCUGGACUCCAUGCGGAAGAGCUACUACAGCAAAGACCCUUCAAGAGCUGAGAAGCGUGAGAUCAAGUGUCCGACACCGGGCUGCGAUGGCACCGGCCACGUGACUGGGCUGUACCCUCACCACCGCAGCCUGUCUGGCUGUCCCCACAAGGACAGGAUCCCCCCCGAGAUCCUGGCCAUGCAUGAGAACGUGCUGAAGUGCCCGACCCCCGGCUGCACGGGGCAGGGCCACGUGAACAGCAACCGCAACACGCACAGAAGUUUAUCUGGCUGUCCCAUUGCUGCUGCCGAAAAAUUAGCCAAAUCUCAUGAGAAGCAGCAGCCGCAGACGGGAGACCCUUCCAAGAAUAGCUCCAAUUCAGAUCGAAUCCUCAGGCCCAUGUGCUUCGUGAAGCAGCUCGAGGUCCCUCCGUACGGGAGCUACCGGCCCAGUGUGGCUCCUGCCACGCCCAGGGCCAACUUGGCCAAGGAGCUGGAGAAGUUCUCCAAGGUCACCUUCGACUACGCAAGUUUCGAUGCUCAGGUUUUCGGCAAACGCAUGCUUGCCCCAAAGAUUCAGACCAGCGAAACCUCACCUAAAGCCUUUCAAUGCUUCGACUACUCCCACGACGCAGAGGCGGCCCACAUGGCGGCCACCGCCAUCCUGAACCUCUCCACGCGCUGCUGGGAAAUGCCUGAGAACCUCAGCACGAAGCCACAGGACCCCGCCGGCAAGUCUGUGGACAUCGAGGUCGACGAGAACGGAACCCUGGACCUGAGCAUGCACAAGCACCGCAGGCGGGAAAACGCCUUCCCCGGCGGCAGCAGCUGCAGCAGCAGCCCCGGCGUGAAGUCUCCGGACGCCGCCCAGCGCCAGAGCAGCGCCAGCGCCCCCAGUAGCUCCAUGACCUCACCCCAGUCCAGCCAGGCCUCCCGCCAGGACGAGUGGGACCGGCCCCUGGACUACACCAAGCCCAGCCGUCUGAGAGAGGAGGAGCCGGAGGAGUCAGAGCCAGCAGCCCAUUCUUUUGCUUCUUCUGAAGCAGAUGACCAGGAAGUGUCGGAAGAGAAUUUUGAGGAGCGGAAGUACCCGGGGGAAGUCACCCUGACCAACUUUAAGCUGAAGUUUCUCUCCAAGGACAUAAAGAAAGAGCUGCUCACGUAAGUCCCCGCUGUCCCCACCCCCGGCUGUGACGGCAGUGGCCACAUCACCGGGAACUAUGCCUCCCACCGCAGCCUCUCUGGUUGCCCUCUUGCUGACAAGAGCCUCAGAAACCUCAUGGCUGCCCACUCUGCUGACCUCAAGUGCCCCACGCCCGGCUGUGAUGGCUCCGGCCACAUCACUGGGAACUACGCUUCUCACCGCAGCUUGUCAGGCUGCCCUCGUGCCAAGAAAAGCGGAGUGAAAGUGGCCCCCACCAAGGACGACAAGGAGGACCCCGAGCUGAUGAAGUGCCCGGUUCCAGGCUGUGUGGGGCUUGGCCACAUCAGCGGUAAAUACGCCUCUCACAGAAGCGCGUCCGGCUGCCCGCUGGCUGCCCGGAGGCAGAAAGAAGGUUCCCUCAAUGGCUCGUCGUUCUCCUGGAAGUCCCUGAAGAACGAGGGGCCAACCUGCCCCACCCCCGGCUGUGAUGGCUCUGGCCAUGCCAAUGGGAGCUUCCUCACCCACCGAAGUUUGUCAGGCUGUCCCAGAGCAACAUUUGCUGGAAAGAAGGGAAAACUCUCAGGGGAAGAGGUUCUCAGCCCGAAGUUCAAGACCAGUGACGUGCUGGAGAAUGACGAGGAGAUCAAGCAGCUGAACCAGGAGAUCCGAGACCUGAACGAGUCCAACUCGGAGAUGGAGGCCGCCAUGGUGCAGCUGCAGUCCCAGAUCUCCUCCAUGGAGAAGAACCUGAAGAGCAUCGAGGAGGAGAACAAGCUCAUCGAGGAGCAGAACGAAGCCCUGUUUCUGGAGCUGUCUGGCCUGAGCCAGGCCCUCAUCCAAAGUCUCGCCAAUAUCCGCCUUCCGCACAUGGAGCCAAUAUGCGAACAGAAUUUCGAUGCCUAUGUGAGCACACUCACCGACAUGUACUCCAACCAGGAGUGCUACCAGAACCCUGAGAACAAGGACCUCCUGGAGAGCAUCAAGCAGGCCGUGAGGGGCAUCCAGGUCUAG